AUGGCAGGAACAGAAAUCAAAAUUGUUACAGUUGGAGACGGAGCCAUUGGUAAAACUCUUCUUCUCAUGUCUUUUGCCUAUGGAAAGGUUGUCGAUACCAAUUAUAUUCCAACUGUUUUUGACAACUACAAUUCAAAUGUGAAUUAUAAGGACGAACUUUAUAUUUGUGGUUUAUGGGAUACAGCUGGUCAAGAAGAAUAUGACCGUAUAAGACCUCUCUCUUAUCCCGAUACUGACGUCUUCUUGUGUGCCUUCUCCGUUGUCAAUCCAGACUCCUUCGAAAACAUCUCAAGCAAAUGGGUUCCAGAAGUGAGACAUCACUGUCCCGAUGCUCCAAUUGUUCUCGUGGGAACAAAAAUCGAUCUUCGUUCCGAUCAAGAUGUGAUUCAACAAUUGCAAAAGAAGGAACUUGCUCCAAUUACAAAGGAAAAAGGAAUCAAGCUUGCCGAAGAAUUGCAAUGUGCCGACUAUCGAGAAUGUUCUGCCAUGACUCAAGAAGGCUUGAAGGAAGUGUUCUAUGCAGCCAUUGAUGCAGUCAUGAAGAUUAGACGAGCAAAGGAGAAGGAGGAUGAAAAGAAAGGAACUGGAAAGGAUAAGAAGUGUCUGAUGAUGUAA